AUGGACGCCGCCACUUUCAUAGUUGUUGCCUUUCUUCUGGCGGUCGUUCUUCUUGGCUUUGUGUUGUAAGUUUGAGCCGAAAUCUAUCGAUUACACGCUAUUCGUACAGCGGACUCGUGAUCUGCGAGGAGUAUGGUCAGUGCAUCCAACGCUUCCCCCACAUUUUCGAGACUGGGUGGCCGGCACGUCCUCAAGAGCCAGGCGCCAGAUGGUUGCAGGGCACAUGAGCCGUUUCUACUGAUUUCCACGAUGAGAGAUCUGCUCGCUUAACCUGUGAUAAAACGGUUUCUGUUGUUGCUUCAAUAUCUCUCUCCCGUUUUACGCGGUUUUACUCCGUGCUUUUCUAUCUUUCGCAUGAAUUUUAUUUAGUGCUUGUGCUAAUAUCCCUAUUGAGAUGCUUUCGUUUCUCAACAACCCGGCCGUUCAAUUUCUCAUAGUCGUGUUCCUGGUCUGCGCCAUUGCGAUCGGGUGAGAAUGAAAUAACCUGCCUUGAAAACAUUGAAAUUCGCUCAGAUCGUGCUGCCUCAUCGAGAGAAUGGUUGGCGUUCUUUUCCCGGUCACCGAUCAGGACUUCGGACGUGUCAUGUACGUCCCACACGACCCAGUGAACACUAACCCGACGGUCACCAUUCGUAUUGAGUCUCCGACAGUUGACGUCGACGAGCCGGCUCCGAUUGCCGAUGCAGAAGAGGAUUUCCGUCUAUUCAUAGAAUAG